UAUCCGCUGCCUGCUUUGAGCAUAACUUCACCAGGACAUCCCUGGUCACACCCCUGAUUUUGGGUCUGCUUCUGCAGCCACCACUUACACAGCUUUCCAUCAUCACACAGCCAAACAUUGUCCUCUUGAUGGCUGAUGAUCUCGGCAUAGGGGAUGUAGGUUGCUAUGGAAAUGAUACUAUCAGGACCCCAAACAUUGAUCGCCUGGCAAAGGAAGGAGUGAAAUUGACCCAACACAUCGCUGCAGCUCCACUUUGCACCCCAAGCAGAGCAGCUUUCCUCACUGGCAGAUAUCCCCUCCGAUCAGGGAUGGAUGCUAUAAACAACUACCGUGUUAUUUUUUGGAAUGGCGGCUCAGGAGGGCUUCCUCCAAAUGAAACCACUUUUGCCAAAAUACUGCAGCAGCAAGGCUACAGCACAGGACUGAUAGGGAAGUGGCAUCUAGGUGUUAACUGUGAAUCCCGCAAUGACCAUUGUCAUCAUCCUUUAAACCAUGGGUUUGACUAUUUUUAUGGGAUGCCUUUUACGUUAAUAAGUGACUGCCAACCAACGGAAACACCAGAGAUGGACAGAGCCUUUAGAAGGAAACUCUGGCUUUCCACUCAGAUGAUUGGCCUUGUUACACUCACCGCUGUCCUGGGAAGACUGACUGGCUUGAUUUCUGUCCGCUGGAAAACGCUGACCUGCCUUGCUGGGUUUAGUGUCCUGUUCUUUGCAUCCUGGUUCUCAAGUUACGGGUUUGUACGAUACUGGAAUUGCAUUUUGAUGAGAAACCACGAAGUUACUGAGCAGCCAAUGGUGACAGACAGGACUACAUCCCUUAUCUUGAGAGAGUCCAUUUCAUUUAUUGAAAGAAAUAAGCACAAGCCAUUCCUCCUCUUUCUUUCCUUUUUACACUCUCACACCCCUCUCCUCACCACAGAGAAAUUUCUUGGGAGGAGCAGCCAUGGUUUAUACGGAGACAAUGUAGAGGAGAUGGACUGGAUGGUGGGCCAGGUUCUAGAUGCUAUUGACAAAGAAGCACUGAAAAAUACUACACUAGUUUACUUUGCCUCUGAUCAUGGGGGAUGGCUGGAAAGACAAGAAGGCAAAAGGCAGUUGGGUGGCUGGAACGGAAUAUACAGAG